UCUAGCUCGCUAAAUAUUUAGGAGCAAAGUUUUCAACUUAAUUCAAAACUGGAGCAGGAUCCAAAACUGGAGCAGGAUCCAAAACUGGAGCAGGAUUUAAAACUGGAGCUGGAUUAAAAACAGAAGCAGUUUGGAAAACUGAAGCAGGAUGUUAACUGGAGCUGGCUCAAAAAACUGGAGCAGGAUGUGAUUUAACGAACAACCAGUUGAUGGUUUAGAACCUAAUCAGCAGACUAUAAAGAACCUGAUCAGCUGACUGUAAAGAACCUGAUCAGCUGACUGUAAAGAACCUAAUCCGCGGACCAUAAAGAACCUGAUCAGCUGGCUGUAAAGAAACCAAUCAGCUGACUGUAAAGAAACCAAUCAGCUGGCUGUAAAGAAAAUAUUCAGCUUAUUGUAAAGAAACUAAUCAUUUGACUGUAAUGAAAAUAAUUAGCUGAUCGAAUGUAAUGAAACUAAUCAAGUGACUUUAAAGAAGGUAAUCAGCUGAUUGUAAUGAAACUAAUCAGCAGACUGUGAAAAUUGCUGGCUGUAAAGAAACCCAUCAACCCAAUGUAAAGAAACAAGUCAUCGAACUGUAAAGAAACCAAAUAGCUGACUGAAAAGAGACCAAUUAGCUGACAGAAAAAAAGACCAAUCAACCAACUGUAAAGAAACCCAUCAACCCAAUGUAAAGAAACAAGUCAUCGAACUGUAAAGAAACCAAACAGCUGACUGAAAAGAAACCAAUCAGCUGACAGAAAAAAAAGACCAAUCAACCAACUGUAAAGAAACCCAUCAACCCACUGUAAAGAAACAAGUCAUCGUACUGUAAAGAAACCAAACAGCUGACAGUAAAGAAACCAAUCAGCUGGCUGUAAAGAAAUCAAUCAACCAGCUGUAAAGAAACUAAUCAACCAACUGACAAGAGACAAAACAACCAUCCUUAAAGAACCCAAUCAGCUGACUGAAAAAGAACCAAUGCACUAACUGUAAAGAAAAAAAAUCAUCGAACUGCAAUGAAACCAAUCACCUGACUGAAAAAGAAACCAAUCAGCUUAUUGUAAAAAACCGAAUCAGCUAACUGUAAAGAAAUAAUCAGCUGGCUGUAAAGAAAAUAAUCAGCAAACUGUAAAGAGAGGAAUCAGCUAACUACAAAGCAAGCAAUCAAAACGGUGAAUACUGUUAAAAGCUAAUCAGUAAAGGGUGAGAGAAGAAUCCAAUUGUAACUGUAACUGUAUAAUCAGGAAUGGUGAUUGUUGUAGUUAAAAACUUCGGUGGAUCCAAGGACGCAAUACAACUACAGGAUAAAAGGCCUAGAGCUGUUCCUCCUGACGGAUGGAAAGGAGAGAACAAGGCUCUAAAAAAACGCCAGACUGGAGAGAGAGCUGUAAAAUUAAAACAUAUUCUGAAGAUUACCACAAACCAAGAGAUCCCUGAAACUGAUAAAGAUGAGAAGAAUAUUCCUACAGAUCCUCCACCUGAAAAUAUUCAGGAUGAAUCCACGAAAACUCCGAUACAGCCAACAGAAAAAGAAAACGAGGAGAAGGGGGAGUUUAGAAAUAAAGUAAAAGAGAAAGAGGAGAAUGAAGAAUUAAAAGAAGAAGAGGAUUGGAAAUUACGCCUGCAGAGGAUGCGGGAUGAGGUCAAGAAAGUUCAAGAAUUACCAAAGAUAAUUGUCCCGGAGCUGCUUCAACGGAAAACCUUGACUUCUGCCUCCUCACCUGAUCUCAGCAUUUACUCAGCUAAAAACAAUCGAACAUCAAGAUUUGAGUCUAGUUGGGAGAUAAGAGCAAAAUACAGGAAUAUGAGAAAUGAAGAACUUUACCAAUCCCAGACCACUAUCCAGUCCUCAGGCUACUCCUGGAGGGAUCGGAUCCCAGAGAUGAGCACCAGAAAACUCAAGUUCUCAGAGAACAAACUAAACGCUGUGACGGAAAGAAGUUUUGUCGGAGCCACGUAUGUAGUUGAUAAACAGGAUAGAAUAUCCUCCGAGGUUCCGAGGUUCUCACGAGGAACUAAGAGUUACGCUGUAGAUCUAGCGAUCAAUCUACAGACAAUACAAGUGAAGGAGAAGCUACCCCAGGUAGAACUUCCUGUUAAAGAGAUAAAAUCUGAUAUAUUACCUGGAAUUUUUGAUCAGCUUAGAGAAUACCUAGAUAUUCCUGCCAGAACUAAUUUGUUAAUGAUAACCUAUCCUGGAUAUGAAAACCUAUAUCCUGUAAAAGAGGAAAGCCAGGAGGAGGAAGAUGAUGGUCUCCCAGAACUAGAAGAAGUUCCUCUCCCGGCUAAAAUUGAGAUUUUUGUGGAGAAAGUUGAACCUGAGGUUAAAGAUGUUGGUAAUAUUAGAUCAAAGAUGCGAGGAACAAUUGCUGACCUGGUUCUAGUAGACAGGAAAAAGGGGAAAACAGAGAAAUCUGGAGGUAUAAAUGAGCAGCCUAAGCCACCUCCUACAAAAUCGUCCGGAGUGACUGGUGGAGGGGAUUGGAGGCUCGAAAUUAAGAAAAGGGAAAGAGCUAAACAACAAGAACAGUUGAACGCUAUGAAGAUAGGAAUGCCAGAUUACAGAGAACCAGAAAAGGCAAAGGUUGAUGAUUGGAGGGAUAAACUGAAAGAGCACGAGGAAGCUAAUAAUCCAAUGAAUAAGUGGAAAAAGCUAGAUAAUGGGAGUGUCAAGAAGCCUCGAGCUCCUCCUCCUAAACCUAAAGAAAAAGAACAACCAAAAGAGGAACCUUGCACAUGCAAUAUCGGAACCUGUAAACAGCAUUCUAAAUUUACACUUAGGCUGGCUUCUGUUAAAAAACCAGACACCUUAAAAGUCGAGGAGCCUCUGAAAAGAAAGCCUUCUCCCAAGAAAAAUAUUGGAUCGAAGGUCAGUAAUGGCACCUCAAAGGACACAAGAGGAGCUUCUGUAGAAAAGGGAAGAUCUUCCUCACUAUUAAAAGAAACACUAGCUUCUACCGAGAAAAAAGAAACAGUCACAAGAAUCAUUAACUUCGUGGCAAUCAAAAUUAGCGUUGAAGAAGAUCAAAAACUCUCCCGCAAAAGAUCUGUUAAAACAAAGCCUAAAAGCCCUGACAAACCUACUCCACCUCCCCCUCUUGAAGCUCCGCCUCCUCCCCCUAUAGAAAGUCCACCACCUCCACCCAAAGAUCCAACUCCACCACCUCAACCAUCCCCUCCACCCCCAACAGUAAAAGAACCAACUCCUCUUCCUGAACUCCCUCCAACUCCUCCAAAAGAGGCAACCCCUCCUCUUCCUAUUACACUAACUCUCCCUCCUCCAAAGCCCAAAUCCCCCUCACCCCCUCCUUACAAAAGUAGAUCAUUCCCAAACCCUCCUAAAUCUGAACCCUACAAGGUUAGGCACCUGGAGUUGGUUAAAACUACUGUAAAGAUGAAGUAUGUCGAUGAGCCAAGCUCUCCAAAAUUCUCCCGAAAACGAUAUUCUGCAGAUGUUGAUGUGAAACCUGUUAAAUUCAGUGCAGUGCGGGAAAACUGUGUAAAAAAGGCCCUUUUUCUUGGUGAUCAAUACAUGGGACCCUCUCAAUAUGAAGAGAAGUCUGUGGACUCACCCUUUUCAAUCCUAUCCCCACAAGUUCAUGAGAAGAGUCCAUCUUUUAUUGAACAAAUGAACACUUUUACAUCUCCAUACCUUAAACCCCAACUAUGGAUUGCCAAAGACAACACCUGUGAUGAGUCUAACAAACCAGAAGCAGACAGUCCUGACACACUUGAUUCAAACAAAAGAAAAAGAAAUGAUGAAACUGAAACCGUCCCAGAAACCAUUUCCACCACAUCGUCUUGGAGAAAUAAGUUUAGACAGGACGCUUCUACCAAUACAAGAGAACUAUCUCCUAAGUUUAGAAACCAAACCUCCCAAAACAAAUCUGCUAAUGCGGAUGGGAGCAAACCAGGAAGGAAAGCUAAAGCUUCAACCAAAAUUAUUGAUAUAUUAUCGUUAAAGAGCAGAGAGGAUAAACUACUCGAGUCUGAUAUUCCGACCUCUCCUUGCUCGAAACAACCAAAACGAAAACUAUCGGAAUAUGUUUAUGAAAAACUCCGUCAAGCUGAGCCUAGCAAGAGCAGAAGUCAUACUCCGGGAUCUCCCAAGACGAGUAGAUCAAGCAGACCUUUCUCUCCGGAGCACAGUGGCCAGGCUUUAUGGAAAUAUUGAAUCAUAAAAGAUUUAUGAAUCUUGUUCAAGAAGAAAUAAACAACUGUGAAAAUUCUAAACUGUAUUGCAGGAGUAAAAAAGCUCAGAUUAACCUCUAAUUUAUUUUCUAAAAACUGAUCAUGAUAAAGAAUUUAUAAUUCAUUGUUAAAAAAGUUAUAAUUUUGAAUCCUGUACACAAAAGUAUUCUGCAGAGUUGACAAAAAAUGAUGAUUCAUGGAAAUA